AUGUAUAGUGAUAAUGCCCUGAAUACUUUAUGUUUGCCCAGAGAAAUAGACUGGCACUUUAUCACACCAGCUUCGCCACAUUUUGGUGGUAUUUGGGAAGCUAACAUCAAAUAUUGUAAACGCAUACUCCAACGCAUAACUCUUAACAGUGUCUUUAUAUAUGAAGAAUUACACACACUGUUUUGUCAAGUUGAAGCGCAACUUAACUCUCGACCACUUUGCCGCGCCAGUAUGGAAGCCACCGAUUACUCAGCACUGACUCCCGGGCAUUUCUUGUUAGGUAAAGCUCCUAUGUCACUACCUGAAGUUGACAUUCCUGAGCCAACACCUACCAAUCGACUCACCAGGUGGAAUAGAAUACAGAAACUGCAGAAUACGUCGUGCGAGUUGUCACACUGA